AGAACAUGAAGGUUUAUAGGAAGACAUGAUGACAGCCCGUGAGGAUAGAUUCUCUCCCUAUGUGCUCCCAGACACCCGCCGCCUUCAACGUUUUCCGUUAUUUCCGAUCUAGAAGGCUCGUUCUCCGACCACAGGCUCGGACUGGUAAUCCUUUCAACGGCUCAGAUUUCAUUUCAUAUCCAUUCGUUUCCUGCACUCUCCAUCAAAACCUCAUAGUAGAAAAAAAUGAAAUCUUCUCAGUAGCAGCAAAGCUUCUUCUAUCGUAUAGGCACACAAAUUCUCUUGUUUUUCGCGGCGAAGAUCUAUGGCGGAGCAUGCAGCCCAGCCCGAAUCAGCCGUUGAAUCGCUGAUGGAUAAGAUCACCGACAAGACCCACAGUCACGAUUCUUCUUCAUCUUCCUCCGAUUCCGAUGACGACAAGCCCUCGAAGGUCGAUGCCGCCAAAUCGAAGAUAUUUCGUCCCUUUGGUAGGGAGAAACCCGUCCACAAAGUCUUAGGCGGUGGAAAAUCUGCUGAUGUUCUUCUAUGGAGGAACAAGAAGACCUCUGCAGGUAUUCUUGGCGGGGCAACCACAGUCUGGUUUCUCUUCGAAUUGCUUGAAUAUCACUUAAUCACCCUAGUUUGUCAUGUGUCAAUACUCUCUCUUGCUAUCCUUUUCCUGUGGUCCAAUGCAUCCACCUUUAUUAACAAGUCCCCACCUGACAUCAUUGAAAUUUUGCUUCCUGAAAAAUGUGUCCUUGAAGUUGCCUCUGCCUUAAGAAUUGAAAUUAAUCGAGCACUGGCUGUCUUACAUGAUAUUGCAGCUGGAAGAGAUGUGAAGAAAUUUCUUACAGUAAUUGCUGGCCUCUGGAUUCUUUCGAUUAUUGGAAGUUGGUGCAACUUCUUGACCUUGUUCUACAUAGCCUUUGUUCUGCUGCACUCUGUGCCGGUGUCUUACGAGAAAUAUGAGAACCAGGUUGAUUCAUUUUCGGAGAAGGCAUGGAUUGAGAUCAAGCAGCAGUAUGCAGUGUUUGAAGCUAAGGUUUUGAGUAAAAUUCCAAAGGGGCCAUUGAAGGAAAAGAAGAAGGAUUAAAGAGUAAAGACGCCCGAUUUAGCGUCGGCUAGGCUCAUAUAGAGACUCCCACUUGUGCCAAGUGUUGUUCAAGGUGUUAGUGUGACAAAUAUAUUUAAGAAAAUCUCCUACAUUUCUGCUUCUGGGUGUCUGGGCGCCCAUCGAUAAUUAAAUUUAAAAUGAAAACUUUAUCUAA